AUGACUUCAAAUGUUGAUGACUGGGAAGUUUGGAACAGAGAUAUUCCUUUUUGGAAACAUGCAAUAGCUGGAAGUGCUGCAGGUGUAGUUGAGCACACAUCAAUAUUCCCCUUAGAUACCAUAAAGACUAUUUUGCAAGCUGAUCAUUUAAAAAAAAAAUCUGCUAUUUAUGAUGCAAUAAAUUAUAUUAAACUUAGAGGAAUUUCAAGUCUUUUCCGUGGUUUCAAAGCUGCUAUAAUAGGGAAUGUCCCUGCUCAUGCUGCUAUGUUUUCAACAUAUGAACUUUGCAGAAGAACACUCUCAACGGAGAAUCUAGAAGUUAGUGAGAAAAAUUACAAGUAUAUAAAUAUAUUUGACAAACUUAUUGCACCAGCUCUUUGUGGAGGUACUGCAGUAUUUGUACAUGAUAGUAUAGUUACUCCUAUGGAUGUUGUGAAACAGAGAUUGCAACUAGGAUCCUACAAAGGUAUAUUUGACUGUAUAAAACAUAUGGUUAAAAACGAAGGUCCUAUAUCAUUGUUCAGAUCACUGCCAGUCACCCUAUUUAUGAACAUCCCUCAAAAUGGUCUAUUCGUUGUAUUAAAUGAAAAUAUUAAUAAACAUUUUAGUCACAGAAUAUUGAAUGAUAGGGAUCCUACUUUGAAAUACUUUAUAUUUGCAGGAAUCAGCGGAGCAAUUGCUGGAUUUAUUACAACCCCACUAGAUGUUGUGAAGACGAAGAUACAAACACAAGCUUGUCACAUUCAAAAUGAUCUUACAAGAGACAUAGCGUAUAAGAACAUUACAGAGACAAUUGAGAAAACAUGGUUCUAUGAGGGAUACCGUGGUUUAUAUAGGGGCGCUCUUUCUAGAGCUACUCUGAUUGCCCCUUCUUAUGCUUUAUGUUGGGGAACAUAUAGAGCUGUCAAAAAUAUCCUCAGUACUUAA